AGCGAACCCGGGCCAGCGCAAGGAUCUCCGAGUUGCGAGUGUGCUGAGGCUGGGACUGUCACUCAUUCUCCGAUCAGCGCGUGAACGCAGCUCGGCAGCCGCUGGCAGGAAACAAUUCUGCAAAAAUAAUCAUACUCAGCCUGGCAAUUGUCUGCCCCUAGGUCUGUUGCUCUGCCGCCGUCCACACUCGCUGCAAGGGGGGGCCACAGAAUUUAUCGCGGCAAGAACAUCACUCCCAGCCAGCAGAUUACAAUGCUGCAAACUAAGGAUCUCAUCUGGACUUUGUUUUUCCUGGGAACUGCAGUUUCUCUGCAGGUGGAUAUUGUUCCCAGCCAAGGGGAAAUCAGCGUUGGAGAAUCCAAAUUCUUCUUAUGCCAAGUGGCAGGAGAUGCCAAAGAUAAGGACAUCUCCUGGUUCUCCCCCAACGGAGAAAAGCUCAGCCCAAACCAGCAGCGGAUCUCGGUGGUGUGGAACGACGAUUCCUCCUCCACCCUCACCAUCUACAACGCCAAUAUCGAUGACGCCGGCAUUUACAAGUGUGUGGUCACUGGUGAGGAUGGCAGCGAGUCCGAGGCCACCGUCAAUGUGAAGAUCUUCCAGAAGCUCAUGUUCAAGAAUGCACCAACCCCACAGGAGUUCAGGGAGGGGGAAGAUGCCGUGAUCGUGUGUGACGUGGUCAGCUCCCUCCCCCCAACCAUCAUCUGGAAACACAAAGGCCGAGAUGUCAUCCUGAAAAAAGACGUCCGAUUCAUAGUCCUGUCCAACAACUACCUGCAGAUCCGGGGAAUCAAGAAAACAGAUGAGGGCACUUAUCGCUGUGAGGGCAGAAUCCUGGCACGGGGGGAGAUCAACUUCAAGGACAUUCAGGUCAUUGUGAAUGUGCCGCCCACCGUCCAGGCCAGGCAGACCAUUGUGAAUGCCACUGCCAACCUGGGCCAGUCUGUCACCUUGGUGUGUGAUGCUGAAGGCUUCCCAGAGCCCACCAUGAGCUGGACAAAGGAUGGGGAACAGAUAGAGAAUGAGGAAGACGACGAGAAGUACAUCUUCAGCGAUGACAGUUCUGAGCUGACCAUCAGGAAGGUGGACAAGAACGAUGAAGCCGAGUACGUCUGCAUUGCUGAGAACAAGGCCGGCGAGCAGGAUGCAUCUAUACACCUCAAAGUCUUUGCAAAACCCAAAAUAACCUAUGUAGAGAAUCAGACAGCCAUGGAACUGGAGGAGCAGGUCACUCUUACCUGUGAAGCCUCGGGGGACCCCAUUCCUUCCAUCACUUGGAGAACUUCCACCCGAAACAUCAGCAGCGAAGAAAAGGCUUCGUGGACUCGACCAGAGAAGCAAGAGACUCUGGACGGGCACAUGGUGGUACGCAGCCACGCCCGCGUGUCAUCCCUGACCUUGAAGAGCAUCCAGUACACAGAUGCUGGAGAGUACAUCUGCACUGCCAGCAACACCAUCGGCCAGGACUCCCAGUCCAUGUACCUUGAAGUGCAAUAUUCCCCCAAGCUACAGGGCCCUGUGGCUGUGUACACUUGGGAGGGGAACCAGGUGAAUAUCACCUGUGAGGUUUUUGCCUACCCCAGUGCUACAAUCUCCUGGUUCCGAGAUGGCCAGUUACUGCCAAGCUCCAACUUUAGCAAUAUCAAGAUCUACAACACUCCCUCUGCCAGCUAUCUGGAGGUGACCCCAGACUCUGAAAAUGAUUUUGGAAACUACAACUGUACUGCAGUGAACCGCAUCGGACAAGAGUCUUUGGAAUUCAUCCUUGUUCAAGCAGAUACCCCAUCUUCACCAUCCAUCGACCAGGUGGAGCCAUACUCCAGCACAGCACAGGUGCAGUUUGAUGAGCCAGAGGCCACAGGUGGAGUGCCCAUCCUCAAAUACAAGGCUGAAUGGAGAGCGCUGGGAGAAGAAGCAUGGCAUGUCAAGUGGUAUGAUGCCAAAGAAGCCAACAUGGAGGGCAUCGUCACCAUCGUGGGCCUGAAGCCUGAGACGACAUAUGAGGUGCGGCUGGCGGCCCUCAAUGGCAAGGGGCUGGGAGAGAUCAGCGCAGCCUCCGGGUUCAAGACACAGCCAGUCCAUAGCCCUCCUCCACCGGCUCCAGCUAGCUCUUCUACCCUUGUUCCAUUGUCUUCACCAGCUAAAGGGGAGCCCAGUGCACCUAAACUCGAAGGGCAGAUGGGAGAGGACGGGAACUCUAUUAAGGUGAACUUGAUCAAGCAGGACGACGGCGGCUCCCCCAUCAGACACUAUCUGGUCAAGUACCGAGCGAAGAUCUCCUCCGAGUGGAAACCAGAGAUCAGGCUCCCGUCUGGUAGUGACCAUGUCAUGCUCAAGUCCCUGGACUGGAAUGCUGAGUACGAGGUGUAUGUGGUGGCUGAGAACCAGCAGGGGAAGUCCAAGGCAGCUCAUUUUGUGUUCAAGACCUCGGCCCAGCCCACAGCCAUCCCAGCCAAUGGCAGCCCCACCUCAGGACUGAGCACAGGGGCCAUCGUGGGCAUCCUCAUUGUCAUCUUCGUGCUGCUCCUGGUGGUCGUGGACAUCACCUGCUACUUCCUGAACAAGUGUGGCCUGCUUAUGUGCAUCGCCGUCAAUCUGUGUGGAAAAGCUGGGCCUGGAGCCAAGGGCAAGGACAUGGAGGAGGGCAAGGCGGCCUUCUCGAAAGAUGAAUCUAAGGAGCCCAUCGUGGAGGUUCGAACUGAGGAGGAACGGACCCCAAACCAUGACGGAGGGAAACACACAGAACCCAACGAGACCACGCCGCUGACAGAGCCCGAGCUGCCUGCCGACACCACAGCCACUGUCGAGGACAUGCUGCCUUCUGUCACCACUGUCACCACUAACUCUGACACUAUCACCGAAACCUUUGCCACUGCUCAGAACAGCCCCACCAGUGAGACCACCACCCUGACCUCCAGUAUUGCCCCGCCGGCCACGGCCGCGCCGGACUCAAAUUCUGUGCCCGCUGGGCAGGCCACCCCUUCCAAGGGGCCCAGCGUUGCUGCCUCCUCCCCGCCCCCAGCUUCAGCCCCUAAGGUUGCGCCCCUUGUUGACCUGAGUGAUACCCCGACCUCAGCUCCUGCCAGCAAUUUGUCUUCUAGUGUCCUGGCCAAUCAAGGAGCUGUCCUCAGCCCAAGCACCCCAGCCAGUGUGGGGGAGGCCUCCAAGGCCCCUGCGGCCAGCAAAGCCAGUCCCCUAGCAGCAGCCGCCGCCCCUGCCACAGAAGCCCCCCAGGCCAAGCAGGAGGCUCCCAGCACCAAAGGCCCGGACCCGGAGCCCACCCAGCCCGGCGCUGCGAAGAGCCCAUCUGAGGCAGCCACAGCCCCCGCUAGCCCGAAGAGCGAGGCUGCCUCCGUCAGCGCCACAAACCCUUCCCAGGGCGAGGACUUUAAAAUGGACGAAGGGAACUUCAAGACCCCAGAUAUUGACCUUGCAAAGGAUGUUUUUGCAGCCCUGGGCUCUCCUGCUCCCGCCGCUGGGGCCAGUGGACAAGCCCCUGAGCUUGCUCCUUCCACUGCAGACAGCUCUGUUUCGCCUGCACCAGCAAAGACCGAGUACGGCCUCUCUCUGUCUGCUGUCGUCAGGAAGGGCCCUGUAGAAGCAAAGUCGGAGUCCCAGGAGUCAGAAACAAAGCCAGCGCCAGCCGAAGUCAAGACGGUCCCCAACGACGCCACACAAACAAAGGAGAAUGAGAGCAAAGCAUGAUGGGUGAUGAGCAACGAGCAGAAAUCAAAAUAAAAAGUGACACAGCAGCUUCACCAGAGCAUUUCCAAUACCACACACGCACACACGCGCGCACACACACACACACACACACACACACAGUCUCAUUCCUCUAGUGUCUUUUGCCUUUAAAAAAAAAAAAAACUAAACAGAUAAACAUGGGAUCUCCUUUUUGUAGGUUUAUAGAAAGGGCUCCUUUGUUGCACACUCACUUGUAAGAAAAUGAGACAAAAAGGUUAAACCCACAGCCAAACUAGGACACUCCGUUCCCUGAAACCAUUUAAAAAUCAAACAAAAGGACCCCAAAUUAAGAAUCUAGGAAGCUAAGGGAAAUAAAAAAAAAUCUAGGUUCAGAAAGACCACACUUGGUGUUACCGAUUGGCACAGACCAGUUUCAGAGAAAUACUUUCAGGCACUAAGACUAACCGAAUGAACAAAGUCCACAGUUUAUUUUUAUACUUUCAGUCGAGUUUGAACUCUGUAAAACCUCAUAAAUAAGUUAUCAUUUCUGUUCACUUUGUAUUUGUUCAGUAUGCAAAGUGUGUCACCUUUCUAGCUGAAUUCAGUUCCCACGUAGACUCUUGUUUUGUAGGAAGAAUGCCAAAUUGCAGCUUCUGGGGGUAGAUCUCAAUUUGCAGUAUUCGGACUUCUUUUGCUUUCUUUUCCUUUGGCUGUUGUUUUGUUGUUUGUGUUGGUUUCCUCCCUUCCUUUCUGCCAACUUUGUUUUCCAGUGUUUACAGGUUGACAAAUGUUUGACUUCAGUUGUGUUUAAAUGUCCAUGUAAAAUAGCUGCUUUUUUGUUGUUGUUGUUGUUGUUUUUGUUUUUCUCUUCUUUUUUUAGAGUAACAAAUACCGCCUAGAGGUAGGUAGGAUCCUCGUGGGCUUGCUUUAGCACAGGGUGACUUUACAAAAGAUGAUUGUUUACAGUGGUUCUACCCCCUUUUCUGAUUUGCAGUUUUUGCCUGUGUUCAGCUCAGGUGAAAAUCCAUCUCAUUGGAAUGGUUUUGCCUUUCUAUUUUCAGUUCUUUUUGUGUUUUCUUUGGGGGUUAGACCACUUUCUGAUUAGCUGCCACCUGCCUGUAUCUGUGACAAAGGAUCUGCCUCCCAGGCGUUCUCGCCCUUCCUUUUGAAGGACUCCUUAGGCUUUGUUGAAUGAAGCAGAGAAGAUUGUAUAGUUGGGGCUGGUCUUGGUGAACACACAUUUAUACCCCAAACAUCCCCUUUUUGUAGAAAGCCAAAUAAAAUAUAUACAUCCCAUUUCCUUUUGAGCCCAGAAUCUAGAUUUGAGCGGAAGAGCAUGUGUGCUUCAGGGAAUUAGUGUCUUUUUUUGGAAAUCUGUUGAAGUCAAGUAACAUCGGCCUUCUGUUCAUUUUAGGCAGCAUUUGUAGAAACAAAGAAAAAAAAAAACUACUGUCUGGAGUCAUAACACAACUUUCCUGGAUUGGAAACCAAGUGGGGGAAAAAUACAGAAACUUUAAGGGGGAUGGGAGGGGGGAGAAGGGAAAAGCCAGCCCUUUGUAUAGAAAUUUUGCUUUUGUUUCUCAUUCUACUUUAGAACUGCAAGCUUGUGCACUGUGGAUGCGUGAAUAUUUUAGUGUGAAACGUGUUUUUGUCAUAGUAUUGAAAUAAAACUUCAACAUAGUUUGGUUGUGGAAGGUAUAGCAGAUAGUUCAGAAAAACAUUCAGGAAACAAAAAAUAACUCUUAAAAGGAAUCGAAGCCUUUAAACAAAGAAAAUAAAAUAAAGAUGAUGAUGAUGAUGGUCAUGAAGAGGACGCUAAGUCAACAGAAAUUGGUCCUCUUCCGGCAUGCGUUCCUUUCCCAAGGUACAAGCAGCGUGAGGCCCGGGGUGGCAAGGCUGCCUCUGCGUCCGCUCUGUGGGCCACUCCCCCCCAAGGUUCUGACACUUCUGCAGUCUGAUCAGUGGCAAUGCUAGAUUAUAAUUUCAAACUGUGAAAAAUAAUGGUCUUGUCAUUUGCUAAAUGUGGGGUUAUUUUGCAUUUUCUCAGCUCCUGGGGAUGGAAAUGGAGGAUCCCAGAAUACACAGUCCUGGCCCCUUUGAUUCUAGGGUCUGCACAGAUCUAGAGUUCAAAUGCACAGGCCCUCAGGACCAAGUAGCAUGAAGACAGCUCUUAGCGUGCACUGGGCAGAAUGGGAGAAGUGGGCGCCUGAGGCAGGGAGGGCCUGGUGGGGAAGGGCCAGCUCUUAGGUCUCCAGGCUGUUCAGUAGAAUCAAUUCCUUAUCUUGUGAUUUAAAUGCCUUGACCUCCUAGGUCCAGGCCAUGUGAUACUUCCUGGAGACCCGGAGACACCAUGUAUUUCACUCUAAGUGGGUGUGGUUAGGCAAACUAAUUUGGUUCUGUUGGUGAGGAAGAGACAGAAGUACAGUCAGCCCUCAGAUAACCUGGCCCAGGGCAGCUGACCCCCCCCCCAGAACCCUGGCCCACCACGAGCUGGAACCCAAGACUGCCCACACUUCCGUCUGCCGCUCUUGCUUUUACACAUAUGUUUGUCUCCGCAUGCGUGAGCCUUCCUUAUCUUUUUCUUUUCUUUUUUAUUUUUAAAGAGCAAUGCUUCCUCUAAAAUCAAAGAGGGAGUCACUUUAUUUUCAAGAUCUUCUAUCUUUUAUGUUAAGAGAUAAAAGCUUAUAUAAUUUUGCUUUUUUAAUUUUUGGAAGGAGGGAUCAACUCCACCAGUUUCCGUGUCGAUGUGUCUAUAUGUGUAUGUGCCAUACAUAUGUAUUCACAUGAAGACCGGCUUGGCCAAGUUCUGCGGGAGGCACUCAGGUGCCACGAACAGGUCUCCAAUCCUGAAGGGCCGCGGUGUAUAUAGAGCAGCUUUUGACGUGGAACUCUAUUUUCACACUUUUCUAUGGAACCUCCCACAUCCCAGGUUUUCAUCCUAGGCUGUCUGUCUGGAUGGCGGUUUUCAAACCUCCAUUAACAUCCCUACCCAGCAUUCUGUACUUCGGGGGCCUUCUCUCUUGUUAUAAAACUUUUUACCAAGUGAAACAUCAGCACCACCUUUGUUUCCAUUCUCACUGGUGUAAAUACUGAGUACUAACUGAGAAUUUUGACUUUGCAUUCUGUCAGAAUACUUGUGUUCAAUAAAAA